AGAUGCGUUCGCAGCCAACUAUCUUCCUUGCCAUCGCGGCUUUCGUUUCGACUGCCUGGGCACUGACGAUUGAUCCCGCCACGGUCACUGUUUCAUCGGUCACUAUUCCAUCGGUCACUAUUCCUUCGGUCACUAUUCCGACCACUGAUACAGACACGUCCACCACUUCGCCUUCGGCAACCGGAAGCAGCACCACCGUGACUCCCACCACCAAGAAACCAAAGAAGAAGUCUACCGUUGUCCACUACAAGAAGAAGACCCAAAAGUCGAACAGACGCCGCAAGUUCCGCCACUCACGCGAUGGCAAGAGGAAGAACCGAUCGAGUUGGGAAUAAGAAGGACAUCUCGAACACAUUUUGAAUACCGCAGACCCUGAAGAUCUACAUGAACGACCCACAAGAACAGUUUUAAGCCAAUUGCUAAUUUACUAUUAUUAUAUU